AUGUCUGACGGCAACUCUUCCACUCUCCAGUCCUACGUGGACCAGGCCACCGGUAUGGCCCAGCGUGCCAUGGGCGCCGUGACGGGCGACUCUUCCACCCAGAACCAGGCCGAUGCGAACAUCCAGAAAGCCCAAGACGAGCACGCUGCCUCGCACACAGCUGCCAAACUGGGUCCCUUCACCGCAGACCCCAACACCGGCGCAACCGCCAAAGACGAUCCCAGCCGCAGCUCUGCCUCAUGGGAUCAGACCGUCGGCUCGACCAAGGAGGCCGUGGGAAACAUGAUCGGAAACGAGAACCUGCGCCGUGCGGGCGUUGAGCAGAAUGCUGCGGGCAAGGAGGCUGAGGCAAAGGGUCAGCUUAAGGAUUGGGGCCAGGGUAUCGCGGACCGCGCGCAGGGCACCGUUGGUGGCAUCCAGGCUGCCGUUGUGGGCGACCGCGAGGAAGAACAGAAGUGGCGCGAUAUGCAUGACGAAGGGAAAGUGAGACAGCGCGGUGCGGAGGCUGAUAUGGCGAAGAAGGGCGGCCAGUAG